AUGCAAGGGCUAUUUUCUUACAAAAACAGAGCCAUUAACAACUUCCUUCCUUCUCAAGUUUCAUCAAGUGGUCUAGAGCUUGGACAGAGCAUAAAAGUUGGUAAAGGUAUGAAGAGGCAUAAAAGCUUGCUUUACAACACUCGCUUGAGGCUUGAAAUAAGCUUAAAUGUUAACACUGCUAAUACUAUUGGUCCAGGAGGUUCAAUUGACUCCAUCAGCGUUGUAGGUUGGAUGGGAAUGCGCACUCGCCUUGAUGACGUAACUCAGUUCCUGCAACAAAGAAGGGGCAUUGAGACGGGGUGA